CCAAAAUUACAAAUCCCAUUACGCACAUCGGCAAAGUUCCCUCCAUAAUCCAGUGCAGUGGAGCACUGAUCCAUCAUCAAUGGAGAAAACCUUUGAUCCCGAGUUGAUCCGAGCCAUUUUUAAGCUCGUCUGGAGCAGAAGAGCCCUAGAACGCGAAAGAAACGAAGGUUCUGAGAAUUUGGACGGCGAGGUAGGUGCUGGAACAUCGAAAAAAAAUCGCCCAACUACUGCUAAUGCAAAUGCCUUGAAGCUGAGCUCUGAACUACUCAGGCUCUUUAUCACAGAGGCUGUGCAGCGUGCUGCUACUAUUGCAGAAGCUGAGGGUGUUUGUAAAAUAGAAACGAAUCAUUUGGAAAGGAUACUUCCUCAACUUCUUCUGGAUUUUUAAGGUAUCAAGAUUAUUCACAUUCUCUACUCUAGAUCCAUCUUGGUUAUAUAUAACCUUAGCCAUGUGAAAUCUCCAAUAGAUUAUAGAUAUAAACUUGGUCUACUUUCAGACUCAUUGGUAGAUACUUGACACACAGUACAGGUGUUUUACUAUUUUAACCAGUGUCAAAGUAAAUGCAAAUAGUGGUGUAAAUUGAUGGGACAAUCUGAGCUGGACAGGUAGCAAGCAGGUAGGCGUUUUAGGUGGUUAUUCCUACUCAUCUAGUUCAGGGCGGCAUUCCUUAGGAUCUAGUUCUAUAUUCUACACCUGAGAGAUGUAGUAUGAGAUGAUGCAAUGGUUUAACAUAUGCAUUUCAGCAUUUACGUUUCCUGGUUGAUCAUUUAACUCAAA